AUGAGUGAAGGUGGAUGGUUUGUUGAAGAGCGAAAGGAAUCUUGGGUUCAUUGGAUGAUUCGAAUGUUGAUCUCAUCUGGACCGAUUCCUAAACAUUUGGCUUUUGUGAUGGAUGGAAAUCGAAGAUAUGCAAAAACAAAACAUUUGGGAAAUGUGCUGAAAGGACAUGAAAAAGUGAGAAAUUCCUUGUUUUUAUUUUUAUCUUUUCAUUUUUUUGAAAAAUUUCAGGGUUUUGAACAACUCGCAAAAAUCAUGGAUUGGUGCACGAAAUUCAGCGUUGAGGAGAUUACAGUCUACGCAUUCAGUAUUGAAAAUUUCAAACGGAGUGAUGAAGAAGUUGGGGGUCUUAUGAAACUCGCGGAAAAGAAAUUUCAAAAACUGUUGGAUGAUCCGGUGAAAUUGGAAAAUGAGCAAGUAUGCUUUAGAUUCUAUGGAAAUCGUAAACUUUUAUCGGAGAAAUUGCAAGGUUUAAUGAAUGAGAUUGAGAAGACGACGGAGAAUUAUAAGAGAAGACGAGUGAAUAUUUGUAUGCCUUAUACAUCGAGAGAUGAAAUUGCGAGAAGUUUUGAGAUUAUUCGGAAAAAUGUGGAGGAUGGAAGGGUUAAUGUUGAUGAGGUGAGUUUUUUUUAUAAAAUCGAAGAAUUUUUAAUAAAAAAUCUGCUUUAUCAAUUUUUUUUUCGAAUUUCUUUUGCGAAAAAUCAAAAGUUGAAGUUUUCUCCUCCCAAAAUCCUAUUUCAGAUCGAUGAAUCAAUGAUCGAAGCUUGCCUCGAUUCAGGUCUCGGCGGUUCUCCACCCGAUUUAUUUGUCCGAACAUCUGGCGAACAUCGAUUAUCAGAUUUCCAAAUGUGGCAAUGUGCCUCAACACAUGUUUAUUUCGACGAUGUUCUUUGGCCCGAAUUUGGCUAUUUCAAUUUAUGUAAAGCUAUUUUGAACUAUCAAUAUUAUCGAUCCACGGUUAAUAAGGUUUGAGAUUGUUGUUUUCGAAACAAAAAAAUCAAGUUUUUUUUGCAGAUCUCUUCAUCUGAAAACCCGUGCUGGAAACGCGAAUAUCUGGGAAGAUUGGAACCCCAACUUGUUCCAUUUUGA